CGGAAGCGAUUAUUUGCGAAAGUUUAUUUUAAGUAUACAAAUAAUUCAUAAUAACAUGAUUCCUGAUAUGUGGUAUAGGUAUUCUUGGUACACGUUGUUCUGUGUAUUUCAUCUGUACAUUGCACGAUCUUUCGGACAAGACAAUUUUUAUCCAGUUACUUCCUGUACCGAUGCCAGACUUAAAGAUAUUCCGCUAGAGCUACUGCAAGCAUGUGCUAAAAAAGGCUUCUUCAUCCACUGUCUCGCAAAGGUAUCCGAUGAAAUGGGGCUCAGUUGUUUUGACACCAUUUGGAUAGAAAAAGGAAAAUGUCCUUACUACAACAGUUAUCAGGGGAAUCUGGACGAGAGGGAUUGUAUAGGAUCUGACUGUGCGACGAUGACAUACAAAUCACUUCUGUCUGUCAACUAUAAAGGAUGUUACCCAAAGGAACUCGCAUCGACAGUGUCAAUAACUACAGUGUCAAAAAAUACAACUACUGUCAUGAUCCAAACUACACAACAAAAUGCAACAAAAGACAAAAUGCGUUCAACAACAAAAGAAGCAGAAUCAAACAGAAAAGAAAUCAUUAGGUGUUCAGAAGAAUCUUUUCUUUCACUGGCAGUCGUAUCUAUCACCAUAAAUAUUUUGUGCUUUAUCGUGAUCAUUGUUGCACUGGUAAAAAAGACCUGGUAUCAACGAAGUAGAAUGAACUGCAAAACUCUGUACUUUAAAGUGCGUGGACGUCCACCUAAAGACAUCGGACAGCAGGAAAUGAAAGACCAAAAUGACAUCGGACAGCAGGAAAUGAAAGACCAAAACGGUGUUGCUGAUGACAAUAUUGACGCUGAAACGCCUUUAAAUCAAGAAGAUACCUGUUCUGGUGAAAGGAAACCUGUAGAAAGAAACCUGUAAAAAAACUGUAAAAGAAUAAUUUACAUAGUUAUUUUAAAAUGUCUGAUAUAUUGUUCGGGCUAUGAACUCUUCUGCUAAGUAUGAUACAAUCUCGAUCAUUAUGUCAAAAGUUUUUCAGAUAUGAUUAUUCAUUGGCAUAUAAACUGCAUGCUUAAUUAUAUACUUCAGUGUAUGGAUCAUGAAACCUGGGAAGCAUGGAAAAGUUUUUAAUUUAUAAUUUAUUACUGUCGUUUUUAUGGAAGGUAAAGAAGGUACAUGACAGUCAAACUUUGACAGAUGCAAUACUUGUAUGUUACACAUACCUUUUUACUGUCGCAUCGCAACGGAGUUGGAGAGGAAAUAGUAUAAUUUAACGUGUUUGCAUGUAUCUGUGUGUGCGUUAGUUUGUGUGUGUGUGUGUGUGUUAGUUAGGGUGUGUGUGUGUGUGUGUUAGUCUGUGCGAAACGGAAGUGACGUAAUUUGCAUCAUCGGCAUCGAUGUCGAAUGCUGCCUUGAUAUACUCAGUAUAGAUAUGCUCUUUGUAAUGGGAUGCCCCGCUUUGCGGUGUACUUGUUUCAACAAUUUUUGAAUUCAGUGAGAGAGAAGCACGAAAGUUGUCAACCCAAAAGUAUUUUAAAGUGUUGAUGUAACCCAUAUUAGCAAUCCCUUAACACUCCCUGCUUUGCUAUUAUGUUGAUGUGGCCUUACAUACUUUUUCAUUUUAUUGAUAUUCAUAUUCAUUGAUAUUCGUUGUAAAAUAUUUUUAACUUAAUUCAUGGCACAGUGAAGUCCAAAAUUAUUAGAAGUAAUGAACCAUAAUAUUGUAAGCUUGUGAUUAUCAAACUGUAGGUCAUGUUGCACAACAUUUUUUAUGUUAUGACUAUUUAUUGCCAUGUCCUUAUUUCUAUUUUAAAUAUUACUUGAUACCGGUAUUGUGGGUUAGUAUUGUGCCGGGUUUUCUUGAAAAUGUGCAAAAACAGAUCCGGUGUUCAUUUUUAUACAUGUAUUCUUUAUUGAGAUAGAAGUUAAUGGUUCCUUUGAGAGGGCCAUCAACUUCUCAGUAGAAAAUAUUAUUUAUGUUGUAUUUUUUUAUUUAGAUAGGAAAUGUUGAAAAAUUGUUAAGUCGUACGAAAAUUAGACCAUCAGAAAGUUAUCUCCCUUGCCUUGAACAGCAUUUCAACCAAUGAAAUAAUUGAAAAUUUUCUCAUCAUGCAAUUUCUAUCAAACACAAAAGAGAGGAAGUGCAUAGUCCGAAGACUGUAAAAAACUUCAACUAUAUAAUACCGUCUUCUAAGGAAGACGGUAAUAACUUUUGAACCAUGAGAGAUAGAAACUUAAUAUUUAGUAUGUUUACUCUCCUUAUUAAGCUCUUUCAAUCGUCACCAAGGUCAAUGACCUUGUGACCUUGACUGUGACCUACAUGCUAAAAAUAGCUUUUUCGAACUUUCGCCAUUUCUUUUGAACCAUAAGAGAUGGAGACUUCAUAUUUCGUAUGCCUACUCCGCCAAUUAGGUUCUUUCAAACGACACCAGUGUCAAUGACCUUGUGACCUUGACUGUAACUUAUAUGCUAAAAAUAACUUUUUCGAAUUUGUUGCCGCCGGGCGCAUAGUGUUUCAUAAACACAUCUUGUUUUUUUAACGACAAUACUUCUACAUUCUUGUCAUCCGAUUUAAAUAGAACUAGGUGAAAAUUGGUUCAUUCUGUGUUAAAGCAUUUUCUUUUGAAAUGGUGUAAACAAGUCGUGGACUCCUGUUGUUUUUAGGGAAGUCGGAAGCUAGGUGCCAUGUUAAGCUUCCUAGUUUUAGGUUGUUUUCAUUAAACAUGCGGAUUUAAUUCUUUCGCAAACUUUAAGGAUGACAAAUGACAAAGAAAUUCCAUUGAUAAAAAUGAAAAACUGUACACAUAUGAUUCUUGUGUUUAGGUGUUAUUAUUCACUUUCAAUUAAAUAAGUCAAUGACCUACAAUUCAUGCGACCGUUCCCUAAGAAACUCAAUUUUUUCAUUUUAUGGAAAAUAUUUUCUUUAUUUGCAAAAUAUUACAAGCAACAAAAUUCUUUAAUAGAUAACGAAAUAUAAUAGUUGUGCGACAUAUGAAUAAACAAUUCACUUUUAAUUUUUUCCAGUAAUUGUAAAAUACUUAAAGAAUAAUUGCUUGGGACUUCCAAAUCGCUUCGGCAUAUCCAUGGUAUUCGAGAUAUCAGAGUUAGAGAUAUCGAAGUUUACUUUUUUUAUUAAACAUAUUGAACUUCAAAUAUUAUAGCUAUGUGCAAUAUUCUGAUAAGUACAAUUGUGUUCAACAAUCUUAUGUAUUAUGAUAAUUUACAUGCAAAAUGUCUGGGUUUUUCCUUAAAAUAACCUUAUUUUGAUCUAUUUUUAUUUUGAAUGUAAUGAACGUCUACAUAAGUGUUUAAUAAUUGUUCUUUUUCUGCCAUUUUUAAUAAAGGAUGAUUGCGUC